AUGAGUCAAGACACACAGUCCUCUAUCACCGCACAGGAAUACAUCUCUUCACAGAAUGCUUUAGAGAAACAAGCGAGAGAACUAAUGCCAUAUGAUCCAAAUACUUGUACUUAUUCAAUGGGAUCAAUACGUCAACAAAUAUAUGCUUGUUUGACAUGCUUGGAAAAAACUAAUCAAUUAUCCGGAGUUUGUUAUUCAUGUUCUAUACAAUGUCAUCAUGAUCAUAACUUGAUAGAAUUAUUCACCAAGCGAAAUUUUAAUUGUGAUUGUGGUACAACAAGAACUCAAUUCCCAUGUUCACUAAGAUCAAAUUCAAAAGAUGAUUUACCCAGUAAUGAUAAUAUUUAUAAUCAAAAUUAUAAAGGUAUAUUCUGUGAUUGUUCAAAACCUUAUAAUCCAUUAGAAGAAAAAUCAAAUAUGUUACAAUGUAUAUUUGGUGAUCAAUGUAAUGAAGAUUGGUAUCAUGAUUAUUGUAUUAUGGGUCUUGAUCAUUAUGAUGUGGAUGACACAAAUCAUGAUGAUAAUGAUAAAAGUGUUAAUAAAUUAGACUCACUAGGUGAACCUGAACAAGAUGCUCAAACUCAAUUGGAAAAAAAUUUACAAAAUAAUGAUUCAAUUGGUGAUAAAAGAAAACAAGAUGAUAACCCAGAUGAUCAAGAUUCUGAACCUGUAUUAAAUGGAUUCCCAAAUUUAGACGAUUUUGAUUGUUUUAUAUGUUGGAAAUGUAUAAAUCAUCAUAAACCAAUAUUUGAUAAAAUUAAAUUAAAUAAUGAAAUUGUUCUUACAACAGUGGAUAAAAUUACAUCCAAAUCAUUAAUUGAAAGAAAUGAAAUAAUAAAAUCAAAUACCAAUUCAUUAUUACAUAAAAAAAGAAAAAUUGAUUAUGAUUAUUCAAUUUUUUUAAAACAUAAUCAUGAAGAAAAUUUUACAUAUUUAUACAACACAACAACAGAUCAAGAAAUUAAAUCAUUCCUACAAACCCAUCCACAUUUAUUAAAAGAUGAACCAAUUUAUGAACCACCCCAGGAUGAAUCAGAUGAUGAUAAUUCUUCAAUUUAUGACCUGGGUGCAAGGGCUAUAAAUAACUUACCAAGAGAUAAAGCUAUUGAGGGGGUUCAAGCUUAUCAAAAUAUUAAAGAUAAAUUGAAGGAGUUCCUGAAACCUUUUGCUAAAGAUGGGAAGAUUGUGGGUGAAGAAGAUGUUAAAGGGUUUUUUGAGAAUAUAAAGAAAUAA